UGCACACACAGAUUGUGAACAGUGUGGAGCAGAGAGUGUGUGUGUUUGCUGAGUGGAGAGACUUUACAGGAGAGUGUGAAGAAGAGAGAGAAAAGUUGUGCUGUUCCUGUUGCACUUUUCCUCAGUGUUUCAGUGGAUUUGAUUAAGGGUCAGACUCUUCUCUCUGGAAGUUCUGGACUCUCUGGAUGUGGAUUCUUCAUGAUUUGAAUGGUUUCAGUUCCAGCAGCAUGUUUGCAUGUGGACUGUGGGAGCUUGACUGUGAGUGAUUUGGAAUAAGUGACAUCCUGGUGCGAGAGAGAGAGAGUGUGUGUGUGUGAGUGAGUGUAUGAGUGUGAGUGUGUGGGAACAAUGUCAGGAGUGAGCAGGAAGGGUUCUGGAAGGCCUGGGUAUUACUACAGGCUCCUGGGCAGAACGAGGCUCCAGAGACAGCGCAGCAGAUCCAGGAGCAGAAGUAGACCUGCAGCCAGCAAGGAUUCUCCUCCAGAGAGAACAGGAAGGAGGCGCAGCAUGCCAGGCUCCGCCCCUGAAAAAGCCCCGCCCGCAAUGGAGCCCACAGCUGCUGCAACGCCAUUCAGAGUAACAGGUUUCCUGAGUCGUAGGUUAAAGGGGUCUAUAAAGAGGACCAAGAGUCAGCCCAAGCUGGACCGGAACAGCAGUUUUAAACACAUCCUACCUGGUUUCAGACCUGUGGAAAAUGACAGAUCUCAUCUGAUGCCGAGACUGAAAGAAUCACGCUCUCACGAGUCAUUGCUUAGUCCAAGUAGUGCAGUGGAAGCUCUGGACCUCAGCAUGGAGGAGGAGGUCCUUAUCAAGCCCGUACACAGCUCCAUCCUGGGACAGGACUUCUGCUUUGAGGUGAGCACCUCAACUGGCAGCAAGUGUUUCUCAUGUCGCUCGUCCGCCGAAAGAGACAAAUGGAUGGAGAACCUGAGGCGAGCCGUCCACCCAAACAAGGACAACAGUCGGCGGGUGGAAAACAUGCUCCGGCUGUGGGUCAUCGAAGCGAAAGACCUGCCGGCCAAAAAGAAAUACUUCUGCGAGCUGUGCCUGGACGACUCCCUCUACGCCCGCACCACCUGCAAGCUCAAGGCGGACAAUAUCUUCUGGGGGGAACACUUUGAGUUCUCUAAUCUACCCGCCGUCCAGAACAUCACUGUUCACCUCUACAGGGACUCGGAAAAGAAGAAGAAAAAGGACAAGAACAAUUACGUGGGACUGGUGAGCAUCCCGGUAGAGACUGUGACUAGCAGGCAGCUGGUUGAAAAGUGGUACCCAGUCAGCACGCCCAACCCAAGCAAAGGGAAGACGGCGGGCCCCAUGAUCCGCAUCAAGGCCCGCUACCAGAGCAUGAACAUUCUGCCCAUGGAGAUGUACAAAGAGUUUGCUGAAUACACCACAAACAACUACAUGCUGCUCUGCUCCGUGCUGGAACCAGCCAUCAGCGUCAAGAACAAGGAGGAAAUGGCCUGCGCUUUGGUGCACAUCCUGCAGAGCACCGGCAAAGCCAAGGACUUUUUGACGGAUCUGAUGAUGUCUGAGGUGGAUCGGUGUGGGGAGAAUGAGCACUUGAUCUUUCGUGAAAACACACUGGGCACCAAAGCCAUCGAGGAGUACCUCAAACUUGUGGGCCAGAAGUAUCUACAGGAUGCACUUGGGGAGUUUAUAAAAGCUUUGUAUGAGUCAGAUGAAAAUUGUGAGGUAGACCCAUCAAAGUGCUCACCCAAUGAUCUUCCUGAGCACCAAAGCAACCUGAAGAUGUGCUGCGAGCUGGCCUUCUGCAAAAUCAUCAGCUCCUACUGCGUUUUCCCACGAGAGCUGAAAGAGGUGUUUGCAUCAUGGCGACAGGAGUGCGGUAACAGAGGGAGGCCAGACAUCAGCGAGCGUCUGAUCAGCGCCUCUUUGUUCCUGCGGUUCCUGUGUCCUGCCAUUAUGUCUCCCUCGCUGUUCAAUCUGACCCAGGAGUAUCCUGACGACCGCACAGCUCGCACGCUCACACUCAUUGCAAAGGUCACUCAGAACCUCGCCAACUUCACCAAGUUUGGCAACAAAGAGGAGUACAUGUCCUUCAUGAACCAGUUUCUAGAGCACGAAUGGACCAACAUGCAGCGCUUCCUGCUGGAAAUCUCCAACCCGGAGACCAUCUCCAACACGGCCGGCUUUGAGGGCUACAUUGACCUGGGCCGUGAACUCUCCACCCUGCACUCUUUACUGGCUGAGGUGGUGUCCCAAAUGGAUCAGACUGCAGCCUCCAAACUGGGUCCACUCCCCAGAAUCCUAAGAGAUGUUCACACAGCACUGACCAAUCCAUCCAGUGUUCAGGUGCCUGCACCCUCUGAACGCGUUCCUUCUCCUCCCGUCCCCAGCUGCAGCAUCUCCAGCGGCCUGCAGAAAAUGUCCAUUGACAAUGAUCUGUCCGGCUUGGUGGACUUCACUCGGCUCCCGUCUCCGACUCCCGAGAACAAGGACCUCUUCUUUGUCACGCGCUCCUCAGGCCUGCAGGGCUCCCCCGCCCGCAGCUCCAGCUACUCUGAGGCCAACGAGCCUGAGCUGGGAUUAGCCAACGGCAGCAAGAGCCUGUCCAUGGUGGACCUGCAGGAAGCUACUAAAGCUAUAGAACUCAUGCCUGCUCCAGAAGGGCACAUAGAAAAGCACAUGGUGGCCUGGAACGCCCGGACACCCCAGGGCAACCUGCCAGGAGGUCCCACGCUCCACAGGCCAGGACAGAAGCCCGCAGCCUCAGGGGGGGAGGGGGUUCCAGGACGGCCGACACAGCUUCUGGCACCCCUGUCUUUCCAGAACCCGGUGUAUCAGAUGGCAGCAGGACUUCCGCUAUCACCCAGAGGACAAAUGGGUGGUGAUUCGGGUUCUGAAUGCCACAGCUCAGUCAGUUCUCACAGUAACAAUGAGGAAGUGGGAGGGGCUGGGCCGUGCAAGCUUCCCUCCAGUUUCCUGAACCACGAGGAGUUGGCCAGGCGCUCAGGGGAGUUCUCCCGGAGGCAGCUGUCACUAACGGAAACACAACACUCUGCUUCCAGUCAGCCCACCGUCCCGCGGCAAAACAGCGCCGGUCCCCAGCGUCGCAUAGAUCAGCCGCCUCCACCUGUGCAAGCUGGUGCUCCCCGUGGACGGACUCCUCCUAGCAUGCUCAACUCCGCCCCCUAUCCCCGUCCCUCCAGCGGCAGCGUGAUGUCCUCGUCACCGGAUUGGCCGGGAAGCGGGGCACGGAUUCGGCAGCAGAGCUCCUCCUCUAAAGGGGACAGCCCAGAGAUGAAGCAGCGGACCCAGCACAAACAGGCCCCUUCCCCAGUGAUCCCCAGUGCAUUGGACCGUACUGCUGCCUGGCUGAUGAACAUGAAUGUGCCAUACUUAGAACAGGACCCAGAGUCAGAUCCACGCAGGGAUGAGCACACACUCAACGACAAGUACCUGGCUGAGAUAGCUAUGCUGCAGGACAAGCUGCGUGUUUCAGUGCAGAAGCUGGAGGAGUGUGAGCUGCAGCUGCAGGGUCAGGACGAGCAGGCCCAGAAAAUGCUCCUGGAGUACCAGACCCGGCUGGAAGAGGCCGAGGACCGUCUGCGCCGCCAGCAGGACGACAAAGACCUGCAGAUGAAGAGCAUCAUCAGCAGGCUGAUGUCUGUCGAGGAGGAGCUGAAAAAGGAUCACUCUGACAUGCAGGCCAUAGUCGACUCCAAACAGAAAAUCAUAGAUGCACAGGAGAAGCGGAUAGCUUCUCUGGAUGCUGCCAACGCCAGGUUGAUGAGUGCUCUGUCGCAGCUGAAGGAGCGUUACAGCAUGCAGACACGUAACGGCAUCUCGCCCACCAACCCCACCAAGCUGCAGAUCACCGAGAACGGAGAGUUCCGGAACAGCUCCAACUGCUGAAGCCAGCCCGCGGAGAUUUACGGCUUAAUCCAGACAGAAAGCGCGGGGCGGAGCGAGGAGGAGACGCAGCCAAGACCAUGUGGAUGUAGGAAAGAGGCAGGAGAGGCGAGGGGAUGUCGGCGUGCAGGCGACUGUGCUGGUUUGGACGUUGGCUUCUGAAGCGUGCUUGUGAAUAGCUGGUAAACAAUAUUAUCCGCACCGCGGAGCAAAAGAUACGAGGUAAAGCUCUGCUUCAGCUUAGGGUGAACCACUAGAUGUAAAUCUCUGUUCUACAGUACCUGCACUUCAGAACAGUGACAUACUGGGUACGUACUGCUGACCUAUAGACAAUACCUGCUCUGUCCCUCCGCAGUAGCUCUAGCCUCAAAUCUCCAGAAUCUCCAAAAUCUCCAAAUAGAUGUCCAGUGUUCAUGUUGAGAGAAAAAAAAAUCUGUUUUUUAUUAUUAUUAAUAAUAACAACUCAUGCGUUCGGUCCUUAUUGGUGUUAACCUAGAUACCAAGCUAGCGAAUGAGCAUUGCUGCCUCCUUUAAAAAAAAAAAAUCAAGCGUUCGCCUUGCAUUUGCAUCCACAUCUACUGCACUUUCUCCACCUGCUCCAGCUCCCCUACAUAGUGCACUUUCAAAGUUCUUCAAAAUGAGAAGCCUUAAAAAAUGGAAUGCAGCUUUUUCCCCCCUCCACCUCUCCCUAAAGUAAUUUAAAACAGUUCUUCUGGAACAUUUCUCAGAUGUUUACAAGGCAUGGCUACAAAAAGUGAAGUAAAAGGUCUUUCAAAAUAUUGGUUAUGUCAAGAAUUAAUUUUAUAUAUGUACAGCUCUGAAAAGAAAGUAAGAGAGCACUUCAUUUUCUGAAUCAGUUUCUCAGAUUUUGCCAUUUAUAGGUAUAUGAAUAUUGUUUUAUUAUAUAAACUACAGACAUUUCUCCCAAGAUGUGGAGCUUUCAGACCUCAAAUAAUGCAAAGAAAACAAGUUCAUAUUCAGAAAUCAAUAAGAGUUCAGAAAUCAAUAUUUGGUGGAAUAAUUCUGGUUUUUAAUCAGUUUUCAUGCAUCUUGGCAUGUUCUCCUCCACCAGUCUUACACACUGCUUUUGGAUAACUUUGACACUCCUGAUGCAAAAAUUCAAGCAGUUCAGCUUGGUUUGAUGGCUUGUGAUUUUAAUCCACAAAUGCUGAGUAUUUGUUAAAUUAACACAUUUAUGUAAAACGUGGCAUGGAAAAGUUUAACAGCUUAUAAUAUUAUUCAUUAAGUUUUAUUUGGCAAAUAAUUAGAAGCUGUGCUUUAAAAUGUGCUGUGUUGCAUCAGUCGGAGCCAAUCAAUAUUUCCUGAGACGAUGUUAAGAGCCUUUUAAAAAGACAUUAUACCAAGUGUGCACUUGGUUCCAGUCUUGGGUUGUUCUACAUUAUUUAUUAUUAUAGUUUACACUUGAACGAGCCUCUGUAGACUCGUGCUGAAUUUAUUGUUGUUAUGCAAUUUGUCGUGAAUGGAGAAGUUAAUUUGUUCUGUGCCCAGCUGAGCUAUUACCUCUCAGUAAUCAGCACAAGCCGUUUCACAUCUUAACUGUAAUUCCUAAUUCCCAGAUUGUUCAUGUAAAACGCCAUAUAUAUAUAUUUAAUAUUUUAUAUAACUCUAUUAAAAACUGAAAUUUUGGCUUAAUUACGUUUUUAAAUUCGAUCUGCUUUCUUUAAAGGCAGCGCUCGUUGUCCACAGACCUAACCUUAUUUUUUUCUGUUCACACACCCCUACAGAAUACAAGUUAUAGUCCAUAUAUCUGCAUAUAAAGAGCUUGUAUAUUUUUGUAUUUCAUUUCUGUUGUACAAAAGGAAAUUACCUGCUUUCCUCAAGCCUCGAACCUCGAGUCAGGUAAAGCAGUAAGAUGCGAUGUGAUGCUGCAGAUUUGAUUUAGAUGUUUCUUUAUCCAGAGAGAAAUAUGAGAGAAAAUAUGAGUGGCACUUGCUGUUAUUUGACUAUAUAUAAAGAUAUAUGGCGAUGCAUAAGUGUUGGGUUUUGGGACGAGGAUUGUUGACCUGGUCUAUCAGUGACUGAUUCUGCUGUAGCAAGUCAAAGGUGUGUCCUGUAAAUAUUCUAUAAAAGAAAAUAAAGGAUUUACAUAGAUUCUAUAUAAAUAUAUAAAUAUAAAAUACACAUAAACCUCUUCAUUUCAACAUGCAUUCUGCUGAUUUUGGACUGAAACAUUACAACCCCAAAUCUGAAACAGUUUUGACAGUAUGGACAAUGCAAAGACAUUAUUAUUGCAGAACUCAAGAUCUUUUAAGAAUUUUAUUAUAUUAAUGUGCGUCCAUUCCUGCAUUUAGAACCUGCAGCACAUUCCAAAAACGCUGGGAUGUUAAAACACAACACUUGAAGAUGUUUUAGCUGAGGAUAUCAAGCAAUGAAAUGUUCCCUGUUUUUUUUUUUUUUUCUAAUUUUUUCCCCUUUUUCUUCCCAAUUUGCACGGCCAAUUACAUAACUCACUCAUUAGGAUUCCCCCUAUCACUAGUGAUGCCCCAACACCAGGGGGGUGAAGCACAUGCCUCCUCUGAUAUAUGUGAAGUCAGCCACCGCCUCUUUUCAAACUUCAGCUGAUGCAGCAUUACCGAGAAAGCUUAGCGACUCUCUUCCAAUACAUCAGCUCACAGACGCCUUGUGCUGAUCGACAUCACCCUAGGAGUGAUAAGGGGAAAGGGUGCCAUCUACCCACUCAAAAAGAGCAAGGCCAAUUAAUUUUGCUCUCUCGGGGCUCUGGCAGCUGAUAGCAAGCUGCAUGAACAGGAUUCGAACCAGGGAUUCUCCUGAUCAAAGUGAAGCGUGUGGUUUUGACACAACCCCUUACUAAUACCUGGCUUUUUGAGCUGGACUUGGACUGUUGCUAAAAACAGUCUGGGUGGUCCUUCCUUUGAUCAUAAAAAAAACAAGAUAUACCAGAAUACUGAUACAUCAUUUAAACACAUUUUAACCAAUCAAAGAUGCUCAGGCAAGUAGACAUGGUUAACAUAAAGCUUCUGUUUUGUCACAGUGUCAGUUUAAGGGGCGUUUUUUUUUUUUUUGUUUGUUUGUUUUUCUUCUUCAAUUUUUUUUUUUUAUUUUGAGAAUAGUGCAGAAUAAAUAAUACAAAUAUAACAAUACAACACCUCUCUCUUUAUGAACAGGUAUGUGUAAAUGUAAUAACUACUAUAAUAAGUCUUCACUUAGGGUUGGUUUUAAUGCAGCUCUGUACUGUAGGGCUUGACAAAAGAUUUUUCAGAGUAAUCCGUCGCUCAUGUGGGUCUAUCAGCCUAUGUUGAAUGACGUUUUUUUGAUGCAGUGCUGUUUUUUGGAAUGUGUUUCAGGUCUGAAAUGCAGGAAUGGAUUUUUAUUAAUAAAUUGAAUGAGUUUAAUCAGAUCAAACAGGACAUAUGUUGGGUUCAUACUGUCUGCAAUAAAAAUGUAAAAGUAAAUAUAAGAAAACUUGCAUUUUCCUCUACUAUCCGAACGUUUGUCUCUGAUUUGAGGUUGUAUAUUUCUUAAAAUAUUACUGCUGUUUUAUUUUUAAAUCUAAAAGUAAGACUAAUCGUGGAUGGCAUUGUCUCAUUGAUUCAUUCUAUUCAUUUUGGCCUGUAAAGCAAAAAAGAUGUCGGGCUGUAGUUUACCCAGGUGUGUUAACGCUGGUUUACUGAAUAUAAAUAUAUAAAUAAAGCACAAAGUCAGCCUUCAUUAUUCCCCAUUAAAUGCCGGUUAAGCCUAUGCACUUUUGUAUUGGAACUACGUACAGUUUCUGUGCCCUUAAAAUUAGAUUAAUUCCUCUUCAGAACUUCAUGAGCUUGAUUCUCCAGAACAUGCAGUGCUUUAAAUGAUUAGAGUAAAUCAACAGUCCAGCGUUCUCUGAACCUGUAGCCAAUCAGAAUGCUGCUCUCUCAGAUCAGCGACCCAGACAGUCAAAUUUUACUUUUUGUUGGUUGUUUCAUUUGCCGAUGCUCAAGUAGCCAAUCGAGGUGCUCCUUCGUGGGUCAGUGCUACAGUCUUAGCACUUUACUGGAGUCUGUUAUUGAUUCUGUUUAAUGUGGUGCUUAAUUCUCUAAAUUUAUUAAGCAGAUUUGUAGCCGAUGUGAGCGAGUGCUGCAGCUGUGCUUUCUUCUACCCGUGUUUAAUGUUUAGAGUGGUAGCAUAAAGGGACCACGCAUUUCAAGAGCUUUCAGUUUCCUGCAUCCGACUGUGAUCACCGAGGCCGGCCAAACCAUGAACCGCCACAUUUCUGAGAAUCUCCAUCAACUGUGUACAGAGCAGCUUCAAACAACACCAUCCGCUGAGAUCUCAAACAGACUGACGUUCUUCAUCUUCAUCAUCUGCCAUCUUUCUGAGUCAGUUCUAGAGCGUCUAGAACAUCACGGUGGCACAUGGUCUUUACCCAUCAGUUCUCAGCAGUCAGUGUGGUAUAUUAGCUUUGUCAGAAUCUAUAAAUAAAUACGAAAAUAUGUUGUAAUGUUUUAUAAUCCUUGUAGAGAGGAGUUUUGUAAGUAUGUUUAAAGUAAAGUAUUGGCUGGACUCUGGCUUCUUUUGAGGACGAUGAUGAGAACAAUAAUGUACAGAGAGAUAUGUCCAUGUUAAGAACUAUGAAAAUGUGGCUGUGCAAUUUAUGUACAUUUGCAACUAGGAUAAUUAAAGUUUUAUUUAGCUAUUUUA